ACCGAGGACAAAGCGGAGCCCGGGCAGCCCGGCUGCUCGGAACCUCUCUCGGUGAUGCUGCCACCGCCGCCGCGCAGGUAACGGGGGGAGGAUGGCUGGGGCUGGAGACGGGACUCCCCGCUUCGUCGUCCGUGGAGAGGUUGUGGGCCUUUCUUCUGCCCCCUCGGUCCCCUUCUGCCUCUCCCUGACCUCCCCGGAGCUGGGUCCGGGCUCCCCGACAGCUCUGGGGUAGAUGGGGCUCGCCCUGCUCCCCCUCCCCAGCUCCCAGAAUGGCUCCUGGGACCUCCAUCCCCAUACCCUGCUCUGGGUCCAGCCCCUCGCACCCCCCUGCACCCCUUCUCUUGGGGAUGGGCUGCCCCUGCAUGGGGAUGGGAGGGUGGGGACAGUGGGGGACACGUCCUCCCCUGGGAUCUGAGGUCCCUGAGGGGACAGGGCAAAGGGACAGGGCACAGCUGGCAUGUCCCAACACUUCAAACCGCCCACACACCCCAUCUUGUCCCCUUCUCCCCCACUCCCCACGAGCUCCCAGCUCUUAUCGGGCUGCAGGGACGCUGCUGGGCUCCUCCUGGAUGGCCCAACAUCACAACGAAGCUCCAAGUUUUGCACCAUCACCCCCAACAAACAGCCUUCUUGUGCCUUUCUUUUUCUCCUUUUUCCUUUCCGAGGACUGAGGGGCUCCUGCCUUUCACUCCAGAACACACCAAUGUCCUGAAACACCAAAGAACCCCAAGAGAUGGACCCAGUGCAACUGGCUCAGGUGGACAAUUCCCCGGGGUCUGGUUGGGGUUUUGCUCCUUGCUUCAGUGACAGUGGUCAUGCACAAGACAAUCAGCCCUUUUUGGGAAAGGAAACGCAUAUUUCUGGGUGCCAAACCUGUCCUGGUGUUGUUCCCCAGCACAGGCUGCCGGGAGAGGUGCAGCUCUGGGAAAAGCCACCUUCAGCAGCUCCCAUCCAGGUGGGAAUGGGGAGGCUGUUGGUUUCCCUUUGCUGUUUUCUUCUUGGCUCCUCCUUGGAGGUUCAUUUUCAUAUCCAUGAAUCUCAGUGUCCUCCUGGGAUGUCCUUGUUUUUCUACUCCAAUGUCUCACACUCUCCUCAGUUGCUUGGGAUGGGCUUGAGCAUCUCUGCUUCUUCAUCCCAGGACCUCAGGGGUUUUUAUUCUUCUUCUUCUUGAACUUUUGGGGCUGUGGCUCUGGCCCCAGGUACUGAACAUCUCUUGCUGCUGCUGCAGGAGCCUGUGACGUUUGAGGAGGUGGCUGUGUAUUUCACCAAGGAGCAAUGGGCCCUGCUGAACCCGGUGCAGAGGACGCUCUCUGCGGACAUCAUGCUGGAGAACUACGAGGCUGUGAUGUCUCUGGGUAAGGAGUCCUGUCCCUUCCAGUGCUGGAGCUCCUGAAGGUUUGACCUGUGGCCUUUGUGUUGCAGAUGCUCUCAAUUUUCAGACACCUUGAGCUCUGCAGUGCUCAGGAAUGAGACAGACCAUCUCCUUGAUGCUCCUGGGAGACAGAAGGAAGAGGAACAUUGAGGGAAAGCCCUUUUUUUUUUUUUUUCUUCUCUUCUGUGUAAUUUUCCAGUGAAUGGAAACAUCCCUGCAGGGAUAUUUUUCCUUUUCCUGGACUAGCUCCAUAUCAAUGAUUGGUUUUGGGACAACGUUUGAUGUUUGCCCUCUGUGGGGCUUGAGUGGAGGAUGCACGUUCACCCAGGCACCUGGUGUUCUGGAUGACCGUACCAUCAUUCUUCCCACUCUGUGUCCCUCAAGAAGUUUGAAUUUCUUUAACUUUGCAAAUACUCUGCAAUUCUCAAGUCCCUCAUGCUGUUAUCUCCUGAUUUCACCCUCUGGAACAGGUUUUCUUACGGCCAAGCCAGACUUGCUCACCCAGAUGCCAGAGCGAGGAGAGCGCUGGGGCCCUGAUCUUCAAGAAAUGGAGAAAAAAGAAGCCCUGAGCUGCAGGCACGCAGGGGUAAGACACAAAAUAAGCAGCAGGACGGUUUGCAGAGGAGCUGAUGCCAAUCUCGGAGAAAUCCCGACCCAGGAGGACCCUGCAGAAAGGCAGCGUGCCUUCAUCGAGUCUGGACACGAGGGCAGUCGGAGCAGGGACUUAAUUACACCCCAGAGAGGCGAUGCAGGAGAAAAACCUUUCAAGUGCCUCGAGUGCAGGAGAAGCUUCACGCGGAGCUCGGACCUCAUCGUCCACCAGCGAACGCACACGGAGGAAAAGCCCUAUCGGUGCCCCAAGUGCGGGAGAUGCUUCAACAGGAGCUCGAGCCUCGUGACGCACCAGAGGAUGCACACCGGUGAGAAAAUGUACGAGUGCCCCGAGUGUGGGAAAAGCUUCACCCGGAGCUCGACGUUGACCACCCACCAGAGAACCCACACGGGAGAAAAACCCUACCAGUGCUGCGAGUGCGGGAAGCGCUUCAGCAAAAGGUCGAACCUCAUUAAACACCAGCGGCAACACACCGGAGAGAGACCGUAUCCAUGUCCCGACUGCGGGAAAAGCUUCAUACAAAGCUCAGAUCUCAUCGUCCAUCAACGAACCCAUACGGGAGAAAAGCCCUACCAGUGCUCGGAGUGUGGGAAACGCUUCAGCGUGCGAUCCAAGCUGAUUCAGCACUUGCGCGUGCACACGGGGGAGAAGCCAUACACGUGCGGCGAGUGUGGGAAGAGCUUUGGGCAGAGCUCGCACCUUUCUGUGCACCAGAAAACUCACAGAGGAGAGAAAUCGGUGCUCCAGGUGUGGAAAGUCAUUCAGUGUGAGAUCCUGCCUUGUUAAAGAUCAGAAGCCGCGCGUAUAUAGAACAUCUGAGAGCACGCACUUUCUUUGAAGAACAUUUUGUAGGUGUGUUUGCAUCUAUGAAAGCUUGGAAAAUCAUUCAGUGAAAAAGAAACUCCAUUAAAAAUGAGCUGGUCUGCAUGCAAGCAGGACUAUUGAAUAAGAGCGUAGGUCAAGGAGGAAAAGAAGUUAAUUGCUGCGCGUAGGGUCGGUGGGUUCACAAAGAGCGGUGGGCUUUGUACGACCUGUGCGGGUGUCAUAUUUAAAUAGGUCAGUUUGUCCCUAGGAAAAGUAGCUGUCUGGUGGUCCUCAUCAUGUUCCUCAUGAUGUUCAGCUGGUUGGUUGUGUCUGAACCCCUCCAAGUGAUGCCGGUAGGGAGCUGGGUCUUGGGUGAAGGAACCAAAUACUGGGAAACAAAACAAGAAACCACAACCCACGUGCGACUCGGGGGCUGCAGAGGUGGAACAAGCCAUAUGUUUCCUGUUGUUUUGCUGCAGAAAGCCUCGGGCAGGCAGCACCCUCGCUGUGAUCUGAGAUCCUGUGUGAUGCAGGAGCAAAUGACGUGGGCAGGCUCAUGCCCGAACCCCUUAGGGUUGACCAGCCCUCCUUACAUCAGAAACAGCUUGGAAAGACUUUUCUGGAGCCAUCCAAACCAGGACAACAAAUGAUGGGGACCUCCCUAGCAGAUGUAGCCCCAGUCUGGGGAGGCAAAGAGCCAUCCCAGUGUGUCCAGAUGCUUGGAGCUGCGCUGUGAGGGUUAGAGGAGGAGGCACUUGCUAUGGGCUGGGCGGGAGGAUGGACAUGCUGUCCAAGGGCAAGAACAAAGUCUGUUGGAAAUGUUUGGGUUUUCACCAUGUGGCUGUCUGUUAUUUUCCUCUAUAUUGCCCCAAAAAAUAAUUCCCAGAAAGCACAAAAGAAGGUUGUUUCUGCCGAUAAAGAUCCCUGCCUUCCUA